CCGUCAACUGUUAUCCCUACAAUGAUGACAAAUAUUUUAAUUGGAAACAAAACAUUUGGCCGUGGAUCGAUUUUGCGUUUUCAGCUUGUAUUCCCUUCACAUUGAUCUUUAUGUGCAAUAUUCUCAUUAUAUGUGUCGUCACAAAGGCAAACAAGAGCCGCAGAGCCAAUAUGAACGCCAAGGACGAAAAGCAUGACGACGCUAGAUCGAUGACGGUAAUGCUAAUUGCCGUUAGUUUGACUUUCGUGAUUUUGACCCUCCCCAUUACCAUUUAUUACAUCAUGGACGCACAAAUUACGAGCGAUAAUCCAUACAGAAGUCAUCAGCACAUCGCAGACAUGGGACUCUUUCGUAGUUGUGCAACACAAAUGUUUUUCAUCAACUGUGGAAUAAACUUUUUCCUUUAUUGUAUCACUGGAAAUCGUUUCAGAGCCGAGAUGAUAAAACUAUUUUGCUGCAGAAGAAUGGAAAAGCGUCACGCACCACCUAAAACAAGUGUUAAUUAUAUGUUAUCAAACACUAAAAGUACGCAAACCAUUGAAAUUGAAACAGCCGUAUGUUUAGUUGAACACGGUCUGGCCCCAAUAAACAACAUCAACGCUAACCAACAUGAAUGUACAAAGUUUUAAAAAUAGUUCUUCUUGUAGACAAUAUCAAAUUGCUGACAACAUAAUAACCAGCAUACACUGAAAACCAUGGUCCAUGGUACAUUUAUUAAUUAUUUACACUCAUUGUCUGACAAACAUAUCAUUUAAUGAAUUAUAAUAUAAUAUAGUGUUACUCAAACGGGGCCAUACUAAUAUGUAUAAAGGUAUGUACAGGGAGUCCCGAAAUUAUGGGACCCCCCUCCCCCCAGGUAAACAUGUACAAAUUACCUAUGGUAUCUGGUCAACUCGGACCCUAGUCAAUUAGGACCCUAGUUAACUCGGACCCUAGUUAACUCAGAUCCUAGUCAAUUUGGACCCUAGUUAACUCGGACCCUGGAUAACUCAGACCAUAGUCAACUUGGACCCUAGUUAACUCGGACCCAGUUAUAUUCAAUAUAAAUACGAGGUAUGGUGCUAGGUGAAAGCAAUUAACUUGCAAAAUAUUUAGAAUGUUGGAAAUUGAAGAUAUAAUUUAUAAUAAAAAGUGAUGGGAUUUGUAAGUUGUGUGAUUGUAAAUGUAAAUAUGA